AUGACGUUAGAAUUACCAUUAGAUAAAAGGAGAAAAGUCCAGGAUCAGGUAAGAGCCUUCAAAAAAGUCAAGAAUUGCACGAUUAAAGAGUUUGCACAGCUGAUAGGAUUGUUGGUAUCUUGCUGUCCGGCUAUUCAAUAUAGUUGGGUACAUAUUAAGAGCUUAGAGAGAGAAAAGUAUCUAGCGUUAUUGAGAUCCAAGAAGGACUAUGAAGGAUUUAUGGUUCUAAGUCAGAGUUUACAGGAAGAUUUUUUGUGGUGGGAACAGAACAUUGAAAAGAGAGUGUCGAGUAUCGCAAAUCGUGAAUUCAGGCUGACCAUUUUCUCGGACGCCUCCCGUACCGGUUGGGGAGCGGCGUGCGGUAAAGAAAGAACUCAUGGGUUCUGGAGUGAUUCCGACAAAUUGCACCAUAUAAAUUUUUUAGAACUUCUUGCAGCUUUUUUUGGUCUUCAAUGUUUCGCCUUAGAGUUAAGAAACUGUAAUAUUCUAUUAAGAAUUGAUAAUACCACUGCCAUUUCGUAUAUAAAUCGUAUGGGUGAUGUGAGAUUCAAAAAACUUAGCAAUCUCGCCAAAUCCAUUUGGAGAUGGUGCGAAGAUCGCGAAUUAUUCAUUUUCGCGUCAUACAUUUCGUCAAAAGAUAACGCGGAUGCAGAUUUUGAAUCUAGAAGGCUAGGAGACGGAACGGAGUUUGAGUUAUCAGAGACUGUUUUCCGCAGAAUUGUUAAGGAAUGGGGACUCCCAGAAAUAGAUUUAUUCGCGACAAGGAUCAAUACAAAAUGUAAGGACUACGUCUCCUGGAUCAAAGAUCCUGGCGCAAUAGCGGGAGCCGCAUCCUCUUUGGAGGACGCUUACCCUGGUGGCAGGAAAAUUAUCAGGGAAGCCUUCCUAAUAAACGGCAUCCCCGAAGAAGCUAUUAAGAUCUCCAUGGCCUCCUUGAGUGAAUCAUCUCUCAAGCAAUACGACAGUUCGUUGAGGAAAUGGUGGUUUUUUUGUAAAUCCAGAGAGUUGUCCUUGUAUAAAGUAAAGAUAGCAGAUAUUAUCAAGUUUUUGACCUUACAGUUCGAUAGAGGAGCAUCCUACGGAUCUCUUAAUUGCAUUCGAUCGGCUAUCUCCCUUAUCGCGGGAACAGAAAUCGGAAGGAAUGAGAGUGUUAUGAGAUUUUUCAGAGGUAUAUCUAAGUUAAGACCUCCAGAACCGAAAUACGACUCCACUUGGGAUCCGAAGACGUUGCUAGACUUUCUCAAGAAAUUACCAAAUAACACCUUAUCUUUGGCUAAACUUAGUAAGAAGUUAAUAGCGUUGUUAGCUUUAGUAACGGGCCAAAGAAUUCAAACCUUGUCCUUAAUAGAUAUAAGGAACAUCGUUAUAAGAGAGGAUUUGAUCGAAAUUAAAAUCCCGGAUAGAAUUAAGACGUCUAGACCCGGAUUGAAACAACCGCUGUUAGUUCUACCCGUUUAUGAGAAGGAUCCAAACAUUUGCCCGGUUAGAACACUCCAAGUUUAUCUCCAAAAGACCCAAGAUCUCAGGAAGGAUAUCAAUUCGAUAUUUAUAUCAUUCAAGAGACCCUUUAAGAAGGUGUCUUCUCAAACGUUAAGCAGAUGGCUAAAGGAUAUAUUGCAUAGUAGUGGGAUAGAUACAGAUAUUUUCUCAGCGCACAGCACUAGACAUGCGUCCACGUCUGCGGCUAGAAGGAAAGGUGUCAAUAUUGACAUUAUUAGAAAAUCGGCUGGAUGGACUAAAGAAUCGGCCACCUUCGCAAGAUUUUAUGAUAGGCCCAUUGGCCAUGAUGUAAAGUUAUUCGGACAGGCUAUUCUAGACUAA